ACCACAUCGUAAUAAUCCUUGCGACCAACCCCCACCCCGUUAUUCUGGAACUUUGCACAGAAUUUUUGCACACCCUGUCAUUUAUUUAUGGACUGUUUUGAUACGGACACAAAUACCGUACGUUGGAGGAGGCCGUACGUUUACAUGCAGCGUUAAGGAGGUCGGUUCCAAAGGAGGAUUCCGGAUUCUGCUCGGGGGUUGAGUCAGCGAGAGAAAUAUAGCCAUGUUUAGUCACGUAAAGAUGAUGCCCACUUUGGGAGCUCAAGCGUGUGUCAUCCUCUCCUUUCUGCUAAUUGCCGCGCCGCUAAUCACAUCACCAGCGAGCGUGCCGGACCCCUCGAGAACCCGACUUGCCCCCAGGAGGCCCACCAGCGCCCCCACCAUCAGCCCCAGGCCGAGCAGCUGGGGCUUACUACUGCAGUCCAGAGGGGGCAACCUGCGAGGGAAAGGACGCCCCAAGCAGCCGUUCGUUACCGCAGAGACGCCUCCCAGGCCUCAGGCCCAGGUCAUGCUGUCUAAGAACGAAACGGCAAACGCCCUCAAACCCCCGCUCGGGGCGGCCCAGGUGGCUCCGCCCCCACGCCGGCUGGUGGAGGUGGAUGUGUGCCGCGGCUACUACGAUGUCAUGGGGCAGUACGACCUGACCUUCAACUGCUCCAAGGACGACUUCAUCUACUGCUGCGGCACGUGCCACUACCGCUUCUGCUGCCCGGACCGCUCGCGUCGGCUCGACCAGAACAUCUGCCACAACUACCACUCUCCAGUCUGGGCCAACACAGCGCCGCCGGGCACCAAGCCCCCCCACCACCUCCCCGACCCCGGCCUCAGCCGCAUCGAGCAGAGCAACAACACCAUCUACGUCAUCGGAGGGGUCAUCUCCUUCACGGUGGCCGUGGCUGUGGCCAUCAAGGUGGCGUUUCACAAGGCCUCCCGCCAGCCCCGCAACAGAGAGCUCAAUAUGCCCAGGGCGCUGGUGGACAUGCUGCGUCACCAGUCCAGUCCCGUCCAGCAGGGCGAACGAAACAACAGCGUGGCUCUGGGUACUGGUGGAGGAGGAGGGGGAGGAGGAGGAGAGGGAACCCUCGGACGACCACCCAAAAAUCUGUACCCCACCCUGCAGAGCAAAGACAACCGACUGGGAAACCUGCAGCACAACUUCAUCCACACUUCAGGGUCCAGCCCCAAACACACUGCCACCAUCGAGCACGCACCGCGUAUGAACAACAUGCAGUUGGCCACCGGCGGGACACUGAAACCAAGCAAGCACACAAACGCCAUGAAGCCCCAGCCGUCCUUCCACCACUCGCUCCACAACCUGGCCCAGUUACCGCCUUCCUAUGAGGCCGCCAUGAAGCCCGAGAUCAACAGAUACUCGUCCCUCAAACGUCUGGAAAAAGGAGGUUUGGAGGAAUACUCUGGUUACUGCACCACUAAACGGAGACCCAAUAAUGCCCCUCCAUCCUUCCACUCUUCUCAGCACCACCUGCCUUGGGGUGGCGACUACACCCUCGGGGGACGGGGCACGCUCCCCACCCACGCCACCCGCCCCCGGAUACCCCACCCGCAGUCCGCCCCCAGCCACACUCCUAACCCCUAUCCCCUCGACCCACCGGAAUCGAAGCACAACCCGAACUAUGACACACUCUCCAAGCCGCCCCGGCGAGUCAAGUCCACCGACCAGCUCCUGGCACUCGCCGAUGGAAACACGCUGUCCAGGAUGAACAAGAACCAGCAGCACCAGUACUACAAAAACGCCAAGAACUCCAACAACCAGAACACCCUGCGCAAGUCCAAGGACAGGCUGCUGAUGUCACCGGACCACCUGGAGGAGGAGGUGGGCGUGGGUGGUGUGGAAUACGGAGGUGGGGGGAGCGGCAUGGGCAUGGGCGACUACACAGGGGGAGGAGGCAUGGUGCCCACGCUGCCCCGGGUCAGCCACCAGAAGGCUCAGUCGCAACAGAACGUGUGCGCCACGCCCUCGCUCGACCGCCACCACAUGAUCAAGAUGAACUCCCACCCCACCUCGGGCCGGGAGCAAGAGCGGAACGCGGCCGCCAUGUCCGGUCACCUGGGCGGGGGCGGAGGCGGAGGCAUGGGCUGGAGCGACAUGCAGGGGACGGGGGUCGUCAUGGGUACGGGAACGCUAGCAGGACACAGCGCCAGGAGGCUAGCGUUCGCGGCAAAGCGGCAGAACACCAUCGAGCAACUACACUUUAUCCCCGGAGGGGGAGGGGCCAGCGGAGGAGGCGUGGCUGGGAACCAGGGGGUUAGAACAGGGAGCAAGAAUGAAGUGACUGUGUGAGAAAGAGGAUGGAGAGAGAGAGAGAGUGAGAGAGAGAGAGAAGGAAAAUGAAGGAGAAGUGGGAAGAUGGCGGAGAAAAGAGUGGGCAGAAGAGGGAGUGAAGUACCGAGAGAAGAGUGUAAAGAAGGAGUGGGCGGAUGGUAGAGAGGCAGAGGAAGAGAAAGAGAAAGAGAGUGAGGGAGAGAUGGAGAGCGAGGAGAUAAAAGGAAGAGCGGAGAAGCCGAGGGAAGCGCAGAAGCUGUACAUACGGAGAGAAGACAACGGUCUAAAGCUUCAAAAGAUGUUUUCUUUUUU